GCAUUAACCGACAUGAUAUUCCAGGUUAGCUAGCGUGUAAACUGACGUCGUUAGGUGCUAGUAGUUUUUUAAAUAUAAAGGAAAUAUUUAAUAUAGCUAGGCUAAUUCAGAUUAGUCAACAUAUAAAUUAACUAAGUGUAUGUUUAGUAACGUUACGCCGUUUUAACAUUAAUUAAUAUAAAUUAAAGAGCAGCUCAUGACGCUAUUCUUCAGAACCCGGCUCUCACACAUCUGUUAUUUAUGCUAGCUAGCUAACGUUAUUAGCAUUUAGCUUCACUUGCAGCGGGAUAUCCUAGGUCUUCAAAUGUCUUACUGGAUCUGCUGCAACUCCUGCUUCCUUUCUGCCAGUGCUGACAGAAAACUGGCUGUGACAACCUGUGGCCAUGUCAUCUGUAGUGUCUGUCAUCAGAAAGGCAAACCAGGCAAGUGUUUAUCAUGCAAUGCCAAUUGCCAAGUAUCGCCUCUCACCGACAAAAGCAGCUCAGAGGUGAAGGCUCUGUUCACCGACAUCAACGUUGUGGCAACAAAACAUUUCUCGGAAAUCAGCAAAGUUAUAAUGUUCCAGGCAAGACAUCAAAAGAGACUGAUGACUUACUAUCAGCAAAGGAAUGAGAAACUGGAAGAGGUUUUAGUCAAGAUGAAGCAAGAAAUGCAGCAGAUGGCGAAGAAGCUGAAUGAACAGAGCGCCUACAUCACUAAACUUGAAAACUCACUUCAGCAUCAGAGUGCCAAAGUUUCAUCAGUGCCUCAGAUGAGCCACAGUUCCCAUACUCCACAUGGACAUAAAUCAGUCCUACAGAUCCCCUAUCACUCCCCCAUGUCCCUAUCAAGACACUCUUCGAUGGCUAAUGUCUCUGAAAACAUGGACAUGGAUGAAAGGAGUCUGUUCAGGAAACCCAACACUGUCCCCAGACUGUCAUUAAUCAGUCCUCCACAAGAUGGACGAAUGGGCACCGUCCCUCACAGGCUGUCCAAUCAGAACACGCUGGCCAACCAUUCAGCUUGCUCAGCCACAGUCAGUCGUUUUCAAGGAUCUCCGGUGACGCCAGAGAUUUCCUACGGCCAGAGUUCUGGUUGGAAGUCUCCCAUCUUCAAACCUCUCUCGUCCUUCAGACACUCCAUGUCCUCCCUGGUCUGCCCUCCUCCUUAUCAAACACACACAUAAACUGUCACGCGGCCUUUAGAGGAAAAACACUGACGUGUAUAAAGAGGUAUUUAUAUCUCUCACAACCUAAAAUGAGUCUCCAUAAAGUUUGUGUGUUGUGUUUUAAAUGAAAAUGAAAUGUACUUGGCUUCGUACUGUAUUCUGUGUUUAAUCAAUUAAAGUGAUGAAAUAAUGA